UCUCUCUGCAGUUUGCCAGGGCUGGCUGGGAUCUCUGGGGUGAUUCUGGGAUGGGCAGUGGACAUUGGGUCCCUGAGUUCCUACACAUGGCUUUGGAUUUCCUGCCUCGGUUCCAAUAGAUGCUGAUCCAUCAUUAUCAGGAUGAACGUUGCACUUCAGAAUCUGAGCAACAGCAUGUCUGAUUACAAACGCACAACUUUCCAUGAUGAAGAUGUUCCAGACACAACGGUGGAGGUAGCUUCAUCCCCAGACACUGUAGAGGUGGGUUUCCGGAAAGGGAGAGGGCAUGUGUUUGGUGUCCUAGGUGGGAGAUCCCAGCCAGAGGUUCUCCUAGGGACACUGAGUGCAGUUCUGGGUGUGCUGCUGUUGGGAAGUCUCAUCGCACUGGGUGUGCAGCAGAUGACAGAUCGGACCUCCUCGCUCUGUCUGACUGAGUCUUGUGUUUCUGUGGCGGGCCGUAUACUAGAUUCUUUGGACCAAAGUGCUGAUCCCUGUCAGGAUUUCUACCAGUUUUCAUGUGGGGGAUGGAUGAGGAGAAACCCCCUGCCUGAUGGUCGGUCAAGAUGGAACACAUUCAACAGCAUCUGGGACCAAAACCAGGCUAUACUGAAACAUAUAUUGGAAAAUACCACGUUUAAUUCUAGCAGUGAUGCAGAAAUGAAGACACAGCGUUUUUAUCUGUCUUGUCUAAAGGAGCAGAGAAUUGAGGAGCUCAGAGAAAAACCCCUAACUGAUCUAAUAGAAAAGGUUGGAGGAUGGAAUAUAUCUGGCAACUGGAGAGGUGAUAAUUUUAUGGCAGUGAUGAAGAUUGUCUCAGGGACAUACCGAGCAACUCCGUUUUUCAGUGUGUUUGUGAGUGCUGACUCUAAAAGCUCCAACAGCAAUAUCAUACAGGUGGAUCAGUCUGGUCUCUUCCUCCCAUCCAGAGAUUAUUAUCUGAAUAAAACAGCCAAUGGAAAGGUUCUGGAUGCAUACCGGCAAUACAUGGUGGAUGUGGGACUUCUCUUAGGUGGGUCUUUAGACACUGUGGAUACACAGAUGAAGCAGAUUCUGGAUUUUGAAACCCAACUGGCAAAUCUUACUGUUCCACAGGAUGAGCGAAGAGAUGAAGAAAAGAUUUAUAAUCGUAUGACUGUGUCUGAUCUACAGAGUUUGGCCCCUUCAUUUGAUUGGAUGGACUACCUGAAUUUUGCCCUCUCUCCUUUGGAUGUCAAUGACACAGAACCAGUUGUGGUGUAUGGAAAGGAAUAUCUGAAGCAAGUGUCAGAUCUUGUAAACAACACAGACCUAAUGAUCCUAAACAACUAUUUGAUAUGGAACCUGGUCCAGAAAAUGUCCCCAAGUUUGGACUCGCGAUUCGAGAAAGCACAGGACAGGCUCAUUGAAACAUUAUACGGCGCCAAAAAGUCCUGUACUCCUCGUUGGCAAACUUGUCUUGCAAACAGUGAUGACACACUUGGAUUUGCAUUGGGAUCUCUAUUCGUGAAGUCCACUUUUGACAAGACUAGUAAAAGCUUUGCCGAGCAAAUGAUUGCAGAGAUCAGGGAGGCAUUUGAAGUAACGCUGGGAAGUCUUACAUGGAUGGAUGAGAAGACCAGAAAAGCAGCAAAGGAGAAGGCUGAUGCUAUAUAUGACAUGAUUGGGUUCCCUGAUUUUAUUCUGGAUAACAAGGAACUGGAUGACGUGUAUGAUGGGUUUGAAGUAGCAGAGGAUUUUUUCUUUCAGAACAUGCUGAAUUUUUAUAACUUCUCAGCAAAACUGAUGGCUGAGCAGCUGAGGAAACCCCCAAACCGAGAGCAAUGGAGUAUGACACCUCAGACUGUCAACGCCUAUUAUGUACCAAACAAGAAUGAGAUUGUCUUCCCAGCUGGAAUUCUGCAGGCCCCGUUUUAUGCCCCCACACACCCAAAAGCACUGAAUUUUGGAGGUAUUGGGGUGGUGAUGGGACACGAGCUGACUCAUGCCUUUGAUGAUCAGGGUCGAGAAUAUGAUGAAGAUGGAAAUUUGCGGCCCUGGUGGCAGAAUUCAUCCCUGGAAGCUUUUAAGAAUCGAACUGAGUGUAUGGUUAAUCAGUAUAAUUCAUAUAGUGUUAAUGGAGAGAAAGUUAAUGGACGUCAGACUUUGGGAGAGAACAUUGCUGACAAUGGAGGCCUAAAGGCAGCUUAUCAUGCUUACAAAUCUUGGCUGCAGAAACAUGGGGAGGAGAAGCGGUUGCCAGGAGUUAAACUCACCAACCGCCAGCUCUUCUUUGUUGGUUUUGCACAGGUUUGGUGUUCUGUCCGGACUCCAGAAAGUUCCCAUGAAGGGCUUGUGACAGAUCCUCACAGUCCAGCUAAGUUCAGAGUAAUUGGGACACUAUCAAACUCCAAGGACUUUGCAGAACAUUUUAGCUGCCCCAAGGGAAGCCCAAUGAAUCCUGGAAAACACUGUGAUGUGUGGUGAAUGAAUGUGUGAGAUUGUGUGUUAAUGAGAGUUCAGAUGUGUGAAAUCUUCUGGUUGUGAUACUGAGUGUAUCUGAUAAGGCAGCACAACAGUUUUAGAGCAUUAUAUAGUAUUCUUUAAUUAGAUGAGGUUCUAUGCACAAAAAUGAUUGGUAGAGUAUUGGGUGUGUAAAUUAUAAACAGUAGGAAUUAGGAAGACCAUAUUUCCCCUUUAAAGUUGAUUCAAGUUAGUUAAAAAAACUCAGUUUGACAGCAACCCUGCAGUAUAAAUGUUUGCAUUCUUAAAGGGACAUUGUACACCAAUUUUCAUAUAACUGCAUGUAAUAGACACUACUUUAAAGAAAUAUAUGUACAGAUACUGAUCUACAAUUCCAGUAUAAAACCCAUUAAAAACAUACUUAGAAGCUCCCAGUUUAGCACUGUUGGUGAGGUUAGGCUGGGACACCCAUUGAAAGGUUCUGGAAACACAAAAGCAUCAGACCCCCCCCCCUUCCCUGCAUAUAAAAAGACAGAUAAAGAUAACAUAAACAUGAGCCAACAGGAGUCUCAAAAUGUAUGGAUACAUCUGACAUUAUGGGGCUUGGUUAGGAGUCUGAAAAUCAUCACAAAAAAAUAAGCAAAACUAUACAUUGUUACAAAAACACUCCCAGAUGGGCAAUAUUAAUAGAUUAUCUACAAAAGAUUUAUGCAAAGAAAAAUCUAGCGUACAAUGUCCCUUUAAGGAAUAUGCCCACUUCAGUAGGAAUACAUUAGGGAAAUCCCUAUAUUGCAAUGUGCCAACUGAUCCAUGUGGGAUGUUUGGAGUUUGCAGACACAGUACAAGUUAAACUGAGAUUCAAUCCUUAAUAAAUCUACUUUGUUUUUGUGCUUAUAGAAUGAGAUCACUGACCAGCAAUUGGGCAGUGGGAGUUGCUCAUAUCAGUCUGUGAGCAAACAUGCGUUUCCUGCUAAUUUUAAUAUCAAUUUAAACAGCUUCUACAGAGCAUAGGCAUCCCUAUAUAACAUUUAGCUAUUUGAAAGCACCAAAGGCACAGUUGGCUCUGUGAAUUAUUCAUAUAUUGACUCCAAGUCAUCAGUCCCAAAAACAUUUUUGUUUUUGGGAAUGUAUUUUUAAUAUUCAUAUAAUUUUCGUGCUAUAUCGUCUGUCUGCGGUACCCCAAUGACAUGUAAAAAUUACUAAAGGGAAACUGGUUCAGAAACGGUAGCUUAAAAAACAAACUGUAACCAACCAAUCCAGAAAUCCGUGUGGUGAUUAUAAAAUGGUGCACCCAACGUCAGUGACUUAAAAUGAAACUCAACAUCCCAUUCUACAUGUAAACCAAUGGUUCAUAAGAAGCUAAUAUGAAAAUCCAAAAUGUUCUCUCUUGUUCAAGGGCUUAAAGUUGGCUAGUAAACCUUGUAAUAGAAAAUGUUAAAUUAUGCGCAGUAAUAAAACUUUUAAUUUACUUUCAUUGUAUAUUUUGCCCAUUUUAUGCAGUUUUAAACGAAAACAGUGUUUGCAAAUUGUUAGAGCUGGAAAUGCAAACCACAGACUUCUCAAGGCUAACGCUGCUACAUAUUUGUUUAGGUUUUGCUAAUAUAAUGCCUGGCUAGCCUUGUCUGCUCCAGUAACAAGUCUGUUUUGACUGCUCCAAAUAAGUCAAGUGGUGGGUGUAGUUUAGGCUAUUCAAAGACAAUUGCAGCAAACAGGAUGUUCAUUUCUUUUGAAAGUAUUUACAUGUAGCUGAUAUUAUUGUAUAGAAAGACAAAAGUUCUAAAUACCUUGAACAAUAAGAGAAGUUCGUUUUACAGUCAUUACCUUCCUUAAAGUGUUUCUGAAUUAUUAAUCGAAAAACAGUCCUGAAUACUGAUCUUCAUCUUUUUAUGACAUGGUAGUGAAAAUAAUGUACAUGUGAUAAAACAGACUAUGCUCACAGUGCUAAAAUUUGCAACAAAUCCAGAGCCAAAGCAGGAACAAGUCAUGGUAGCAGCCAUUUGGUGUGCAGUGGUGCCUUUGACACAUUCAAUUGGCGCAUCACCAGUGAUUAUGUUGUUUGUUGUGACUGCAAAUCAUCAUUAACACAACAUUUAGUAGUUAAUAUGGGAUGCCUUGUGCAAACAUAUCAUGAUUUGUGCAUUGAAACACGUACAUACAAAUUACAAUUAGUACAGGAUGCUCUGUGUGCAAUCAGUAGAGAAUGAUGUGUAGGAGAAUGAUUUGUCCCGGAUCCUGUGAGUGUAAACUGUGCCAUUCAGAAUGCUGUGUGUGCUGAAGCUGCCUUUCGGCCUGUUCUGUUUCACUAUACACCUGACCGCCUGCUGUAUUAGGGGGUUAUCGCACAAGGAGGGGUUUGAUUGCCCCCACAAAUCCACUUUGCACCGUUUGGAACACAUAUAAUACUGACAUCAUGAUUUGGAAGCUAGAACAUUCUGUCACCCAGAGCUCUGUCAUUCUGCUCUUGAAACAAAGAAAACUUUGUGAAGUCUUCUAUAUUUAAUGUCACUAUUGGUAAAAGCCACAGGAGCCUUUGGUUGGACUUUGGAUUUAUACAGAGUCUAAUAUUUCCAUAUGUGCAAAAGCCAGUCCUAGAAGGUGACCUUUUAAAUGACCUUGUAGAUCAGAGACCAGUAUGGAUCUUAAUCAGCUCAGGCAAAAGAAAAGAACCCCAUACCAAAAAAUGCACUCCUAUACUAGAAAAUAUGACAACAUGCCUUAAUUUCUGAUUAGUGUUGGAAGUUGUGCCCCCAUACCAAAAACAUUUAACUUGUAAUCUAACAGGGUGAACUUAUUUAUUGAACAUGAUCAAACCAGAUAGUCUAUCUUGAAAGAAAUUGAAAUGGACUUUCCUAAUCUUUAAGACAAUUUAUUCAAAAUAUGAUAAUAAACACUACUAAUAAUCUGAGCAGAAAAGCGAAUCUAUGAAGGACAGUGAAAAAAAGGAAUAGUGACUUUUGGUUGAUACAAGUACUAAAAAUACCAGUACUGCAAUCCAAGGUCUGCAUAAUAUUUUGCAAGAUUGGUUCUAAUAUGGCAGAAAUGCAGUCUGUAUACUACAGCCUGCAUCUUUUAGGAGGGUCAUUGUUUUACUCUGUACAUGUGGGAAGACAUUUCAGCCUGUCCCUGUGCAUAUGUUGGAUACUGCCUGCAACAUGACAGCCUUUCCAGCUAUGAAGAUGUUAAAGACUGAGUAGAUCUAUUCCCACGCUACCCUCCACCUACCUCACACUGUGACAUCUGCUGCAUCUCCCUUCAGUACACAAAAACUAGUAUGACUGAAAAAAGAAAUUUGCUCAGGAGCUAUGUUCCCUCUAAGGCAUAUGCACGCCAAGGUGCACAAAGAUUUUUAACUAAGAGCACACAAGAAGAAACAGUAUGUACUCCGAUGGCUCACAUUGCUUUAAUCAUAUUACUUCUAAUAACUGAUAUUUUAUAUUUUGCUUUAAAAAGUAAAUGUUCUGUGCAUAUCAAAGGUAGAGAGUAGUUCUGAUGAGUUAGUAAUCAUUUUUUCUAACUAUUUCUGCAUUAGUUAUUUUAAUGACACUUUUAUACCUAUUUACCCUGCUCCUUGCACUGGGAAGACCAAAUGACAGGUAAAAAGGGUUAGUUUUGUAAAAACAUGGCUGUUAACACCUUUGAGAUUUAAAAAGUCAUUUAACACCUAUUGCUUUUGUGUAAAACUGUACUUUGUCCCACACUCCCUUAGAGGACGAAAAGCAAAUUCUGUAACAUGAAAAUAAAAUAGUUGGAGAUGACAAUUUGCAGCUUUUUGAAAACCUAGGUUACAUAAUUAGGGUGCCCACUUUCAGUACUAUAUCUAGUUAUAUGAUUUUCAUUAAUAUUAUUAGCUCUUUUUAUUUGCUCAUUUAGGUGCAAUCUUAUGGACACAUAAAUUACAUCUGUUUUCAUAGCAUUUCACUGAGAAAUAUUUUUACACACGCAAUUUGUUCAGUGUUAGAGGGAACAUUGCUCAGGGGGGUGGUCAUUCUAAAUGACCCACUAAAAAUGUGAGUGGUCAGUUUAAAUGCAUUUUCAAGUUUCAUCAUAUUUAUCCAUGGAAGCUAAAGGUUUGUGACAUGCAACUCUUUCCUCAUUGAAUGCAUAGCUUCUGUUUUUCUUCUGUGCUCAGUAGAUUGUAUGCCUAAACCGCAGAGUUGCAAAGUAAUGGUUCUGUUUCAGUUGUGUUAAUUGAAUAUGGAAUAUACAUGAAAAGUAAAGUAUAACCAUAUUGUCUAUCAGUACGACACACUGGUUUAUGAGAUGAGGGAUAGCAACAGACCUGCUCCUUUUCACCUAUAACUACCAAUUUUCAUCCAUACCUGCCCAGUCUCACCCAGUGGCAUGAUGUUUUCUAAAGACAAUACAAAAAGAUAGUUGCUGUUCCUAUGUUUAGACUGGGUAGGUAGAUUGACACCUUGAUAUGGUGUUCUUACUGGAUGCUUUUUGCUUCUCCAUAUUGUGUAUUUGUGAAAAUGUUUAUUUUUAUGUCUAAUAAACUCAGCAGAAUCUC